UUUCAGAACGGAAGGAUUCUGAAAAUUUUGUGUAACGAUGAAGAAACAAGUAACAAUGGACAAAGAGUAUUGCAAUAUGGAGAAAAUCGUUAGCAAGACAGCAUGCAAAUCUAGCAGCGUUUCCACAGUAGCAUCUUCUUCAAAAAAUAAAAUGGAGCCUACUGAUCGGAAAGUGUCCACUGGAACCUUAAACAGGCUGAUUCUGGUGGCUCAAGCGCUGGAAUCAGAAGUUGAAACUAGACGAAACGAUGAUAUUAGCGCUAUCAAAAUUACUUUUUCAAUUAGAGUGGCAAACACGAUUCUACUGCUUCUUAUUAAUAUUUUGAUAUUUUCGGGAUUUGGAAAAUAUCAAGUACAAAAAGAUGGGCGUUAUCAGGAUUUAAUGUUAACGGCAGACAAAUGGACUUACGACUCAUCGAACGAUGAACUUCCGGAAACAUUUGUAUACUUGCGGCUGAGCGGACAAUACCUAUCAGCAUGCAUCACCGUCUUCCUUUUGUUUUCCACAAUAUUCCUUCAACUUCUUCAUUUAUGCGGCAUAUGCAUCUCUAGAAUCACGAACAUGUGUUAUUCGUUUGGCGCCGUACCUUUCACGUUAUUUGUAUUCGGGUUGGAAAUGCAUUAUUCCACGUGUCCAUGGCUCGACGAAUACUUCAUCUCAUACAGUAUGUCCGACAUGAGCUCACAGUGCGCAAUCAAUGGAUGGGCGCUUGCGGGAAUUUUCUCACUUCUCUCGUGCGGCCUUUUUGUUUCCGAAGGAAUUAUCACAGCAUUUUUUGGAAAUUCCCACACUGCGGAGAACAAGGAGACAAUAGUCUAACUUGAUUACUAUACAUGUGGUAUAUAGCAAUUGAUGAGGCCUUCUAGCAUUUCGUUUUUCCUCUCUCGUUUCACUCAUACACGAACAUUUUUUCCAUGAUGUUCUAAUCUUUAUGCAAUGCUCUCAUGUGUACUUAUCUUCUUCUUCAUCUUCUUACCUUUCCAUUUUUCCAAACUUCAUCAAUUCGUUUCUCAUCUUCAUUCCGAGUGUUAUUUUUUCGUUCUUACAUAAUAUUUUUCAAACGAGUUAUAUUACUUAUCUUUGCAAGAAUCUGUAUAAAUCAAAUAAAUUCCUGACGCAAUUUUAAUUUUGUCUAUUUUUGAUGGUCGACACCUUUGUUCUUUUCCGUUUUUUGUGCAUUUAUAAAUAAUAUUCAGCGAAGGAAA